GGGAACACGCUCGCGGAGGCGGGACUAGAGCGGAUCUCGCGAGAUCUCCUGCGGCCAUAUAUGCGUGCAGCGAGCCCGCGUCCUUUCCCUGGCGUGAUUCCGUCCUGCGUGCCUGUUCUGAGGAGCAGCAGGCAGAACCUUCCGUCCGACUUCUCUGCCACCGAAGAACGCGCCUUCUCCUCAUGGAAGACUCCAUGGACAUGGACAUGAGCCCUCUAAGGCCUCAGAACUACCUUUUCGGCUGUGAACUAAAAGCCGACAAAGAUUAUCACUUCAAGGUGGAUAAUGAUGAGAAUGAGCACCAGUUAUCAUUAAGAACGGUUAGUUUAGGUGCUGGGGCAAAAGACGAAUUACACAUCGUAGAGGCAGAAGCAAUGAACUAUGAAGGCAGUCCAAUUAAAGUAACACUGGCAACUUUGAAAAUGUCUGUACAGCCAACAGUUUCUCUUGGGGGAUUUGAAAUAACACCUCCUGUGGUCUUAAGAUUGAAGUGUGGUUCUGGGCCUGUGCACAUUAGUGGACAGCAUCUAGUAGCUGUAGAGGAAGAUGCAGAGUCAGAAGAUGAAGAUGAGGAGGACGUAAAGCUGUUGAGUAUGUCUGGAAAGCGAUCUGCUCCUGGAGGUGGCAACAAGGUUCCACAGAAAAAAGUAAAACUUGAUGAGGAUGAUGAUGAAGAUGAUGAGGAUGAUGAGGAUGAUGAAGAUGAUGACGACGAUGAUUUUGAUGAUGAGGAAGCUGAAGAAAAAGUUCCAGUGAAGAAAUCUGUACGGGAUACCCCAGCCAAAAAUGCACAAAAAUCAAACCAAAAUGGAAAAGACUUAAAACCAUCAACACCAAGAUCAAAGGGUCAAGAGUCCUUCAAAAAACAGGAAAAAACCCCUAAAACACCAAAAGGACCUAGUUCUGUAGAAGACAUUAAGGCAAAAAUGCAAGCAAGUAUAGAAAAAGGUGGCUCUCUUCCCAAAGUGGAAGCCAAGUUCAUUAAUUAUGUGAAGAAUUGCUUCCGGAUGACUGACCAGGAGGCUAUUCAAGAUCUCUGGCAGUGGAGGAAGUCUCUUUAAGAAAAUGGUUUAAACAGUUUGAAAUAUUCCGUCUUACUUAAUUUCUGUAACAGUUGAUAUAUCUGGCUGUCCUUUUUAUAAUGCAAAGUGAGAACUUUCCCUACUGUGUUUGAUAAAUGUUGUCCAGGUUCCAUUGCCAAGAAUGUUGUCUAAAAUGCCUGUUUAGUUUUCAAGGAUGGAGCUCCACCCUUCACUUGGUUUUAAGUAUGUGUGGAAUGUUAUGAUAGGACAUAGUAAUAGUGGUGGUCAGAUGUGAAAAUGGUAGGGAGACAAAUAUACAUGUGAAAUAAACUCAGUAUUUUAAUAAAGUAGCACUGUUUCUAUUUGCUUAUUUAACAUACAUUGUCUGAAGUUAAAUGUCAGUGCCCUCAAAUUUCAUAACAAUGUCUCUCCAUUCCUGACCAGGUAGUUUGUGAUUCAUGAUAAGCCUUGACUAAAGAUUUUUAGGGACUAAUAUAAACAACUUCCCUCUAGUUCUUUCUGUUCAUUAACCUGAUGACAUAAUGAACAUAAUAACCACUGAGUCAUUCAUCCUGGUUUGCAGUUGUGUAUUAACAUGGUAUUGUCAAAUGCAUGGCAGAGUCCUUACAUACAAGACAACUCAUUCUAUCUUGUGUACCUCCCGUUUUUAAGUUUUCUAUAUGGUUCUCUGUAAUUGUAUAAUUAUCAGCUUUAUAGUCCCCAAGAGGAACAAGCAGUUCUGGGAUUUUUCUUGGGACAAUUAAGUGUUCUUGUGUCCAUUCUUAGACUUUCUGUUUUCUUGAAUUCUUUUAUAUUAAAAUUUUAUUUCUAACUUA